UAUAAAAUACUCCCUCAAAAAUUCUUCAAGAGAAUACACUGCUCUCUAUUUUCUCCAUAUUUCAUCUUUCAAAUUAGUAAGGGUUGGUGAUUUAGAGAGAAAAAUGGAAGACAUGGCUUCUUUAUGGUCUUAUCAACAGACAGUGGAUGAAUUGAGACAAAAGCUUUUGUACACUAAUGUUGAACUUGAAGAAUUGAAGGCAGAUAAAAAUGAUGAAAUGAAGAAGAACAAAGAAUAUGUGAAGCAAUUAAUCCAAAUGUUGAAGAUAGUUUGUGAAGAAAGAGAUGAAGCAAGAGUUCAAAUUCAAAAACUACUCAACAAACUUGAUAGUAUUGUGAUGAUGAAGUCUACAAAAGCAAAUUAUUCAACUGAUCAGUACUCCAAUAGCCUGUCUUCAGAAACAUACAAUUACCAUAAUUCAUUUUUCGAUUCAGUUGCUUCCCCUGAAUGUUCCAACAAUAUGGCUAAUGAUCAUAACGUUGACAAUUGUGUUACUCAAUUGGCCCCAAAAGUUGAAUUGAUUAUUGAGAAUCUUGUAAAGGGGAAAACUUUGCCACAACAAGGGAAACUGUUGCAAGCUGUAGUUGAAACAGGACCAAUUCUGCAGACACUUUUAGUUUCAGGACAACUUCCUCAAUGGCGAAAUCCGCCUCAUGUUUCCAUUAAUGGGUGUCAAUCUGAUUCAUCCUGAAGAUUCAACAUCAUUGCAUAUUUCUCAACAAAUGUUACAUUUUACUAAUUUUAAAUCUGGUUUCUGUUUGGAAAAUCACACUUUGAUGUCUUGUCUGCUGGAAAGAGGCAAAGAUUGUACUGAAACAAGUUGAAGGAUAUUCAAUACCUUAUGCUUCUAAUUUCUGUAUAAAGCAGACUGCAAGGUG